AUGUUCCGACCUCCAAAUUCACUGGCGGGUAUGCUACAUCGGGUUGCUAUAUGGGUGAUGGUGUCCUUCCUCUGUAGUGCAAUCAUCAGAUUUGUGUUGAUGCUCGACCUCAAUAAACGCGUCUAUAAUCAUACACCGGGUCCGUGUAGAGUCGUGAACGGAAUCACUGAUGGAGCAGCUGGUCUUGAGUUUGUCGGUGAAGCAAGUGUUGUGUUUAUUUCCACCGGUCUUGCAAAUGCUUACGGUAAUGAGUCGUCGGAUACCGGUAUAUCUAUAAUCCAGCUACAGAAGGAGAUGGCAAAACACGAAGCGACGUCGAUCAAAAUUGAAGGAGUUAACUUUGACAAGGCAAAAUUCAUUCCUCUCGGGAUUUCUUCGUACUAUAGCAAAGGACGGAUAUUGUUGUAUGUGGUUAACGCACAUCCAGAAAGGCAAUGUGUAGAAAUUUUCACUUAUCACAAGGAUAAGAACGUACUUUUUCAUCGAAAAUCCGUCUGUGAUCCACGGUUUUCAAGCAUAUAUGAUAUUGUGGUUGUGGGGGCGGAUCGAUUCAUCGUCAGCAACUUAGCAUACAUGAGCCGAGGAAAACUUCAAACGGUUGAAUUAAUUAUGCAGAGCAGCUUUGGAGCACUGUAUUUCUUCGAUGGUCGUCAUGUUUCGCUGCUCGAGUCCCGGUUAUCCACACCAUCCGCGUUGGCUAUCGAUAGACGGAGGAAGUUGAUUUUCGUUGGAUCUCUCCUGAAUGAGAAUAUCCGAGUAUACGCGCUUGAAAAAGACUAUUCUAUCACGUUCCGAACCCAAAUUUCACUGCUGUCAUCACCUGCUGGGAUGCACAUCGAGGAUGAGACUGGUGACAUAUGGGUAGCGCUACAUCCUGUCCUCCAUCAAGUCUUCCUGGUCACCAUGUAUCCAGGUGAUGAGAAAGUUCGUAGCUCUAGCCAAGUUUUAAGGGUUAGAAUGCAGGAGGACGGCGUUAGUUGGGUAAUCACCGAGCCGUACGCAAAUGAUGGUGCCACAAUUUCUGCCAGUAAUGCUGUGAUUUACGACAAAGAUCACCUCCUCGUCGGUUCGAUGUUCGGACGACUUUUGCACUGUGACGUACUAAAUCCUUCAAUCACCUAA